GCUCUCCUUUGUUUAUUUUCUAAUCUAUAUUUUUGUUGGAAGCUCUCCUCUGGGCUCUCUCCCGCCCGCUUGCAAGCUCUCUCGCGGGCCGUCCGGGUGCUCGCUGCUCCCCUCAUCGCCCCAGCCCCCUUCCUGGUCUCCCCGAGCGCGGGGUUUGAAGGUCACCUCCUUUCCAGUCCCGGUGCGAGCCGCGCCGCCUCCGCCGCCGCCGCCUCCUCCAGCUGGAGCCGGUGCACGGGCUGCGCUGCCCUGAAGUGCUGCUCGCAGCGGCGCAGCGGCGGCCAGAGCCCGGGGUCCGCGCGGGGUGGGGAAACCCGAACUCGAGGAGGGGAAUCCCUCCCCCUUCGCCCCAGCCCCAGCUGCACCGCGGAGGGGCGGGGGCGCUCUGCCAGCCCCGGGAUCGGUGGCCGCGACCGGACCCACGAGUGUGCCUCCGGGCCGGAGAGGGAAGGAACGAGCAGAGCACCCCGCAUCUGGAGGGGACAGCCGCGCGCCCCGCCCCGGUGGCGUCCGGAGCGAGAGAACUCCGAGUCUCGACCCAGGCAGACAGAGCGAGGAGGAGCGGACCGCGCGCCCGGGAUUGAGAACCCUCGCGCUCCAGACCCCCCGCCCAGUGGCCAUCAGGGCCCCCGCCGGGCCGAACCCUCGCCGUGCCCAGGCAGGGGCGCCAGGGCGGGGCUGACCUGCCGCGAAGUUGCGGACAGUGCUGGAGAAGCCGGCACCCCCCUUCGCCGCCUCCAGCUCAUGGUGAGUGUGGCCGGGGUGCAGAGAGCGCCAGGGAAUUCGGGGGUCUGGGGCCGAGGAGAAGGCCACCGCAGCCGGUCGCGCCGGGAGUUCUAGGAAACUGCUCAAAGAACUCAUGCAAGUGGAACUUACAGCUUCCUUGAUCGGACUCAGCAUUCAGAUAUCAAAGGAGACUACAAUACCUGCGUGGAAAUAGAAGACAGAAAGGUUUCGAGACAACAGAUGAAUUGUGAAAGAGAGCAGCUAAGGGGUAAUCAGGAAGCAGCCGCUGCCCCUGACACAAUGGCUCAGCCUUACGCUUCGGCUCAGUUUGCUCCCCCGCAGAACGGCAUCCCCGCGGAAUACACAGCCCCUCAUCCCCACCCCGCGCCAGAGUACACAGGCCAGACCACCGUCCCCGAGCACACGUUAAACCUGUACCCUCCCGCCCAGUCCCACUCCGAGCCGAGCCCGGCGGACACGAGCGCGCAGACCGUCUCCGGCACCGCCACACAGACAGAUGACGCAGCACCGACAGAUGGACAGCCCCAGACGCAGCCUUCAGAAAACACGGAAAACAAGUCCCAGCCCAAGCGGCUGCAUGUCUCCAACAUCCCUUUCAGGUUCCGGGAUCCGGACCUCCGACAAAUGUUUGGCCAAUUUGGUAAAAUCUUAGAUGUUGAAAUUAUUUUUAAUGAGCGAGGCUCAAAGGGAUUUGGUUUCGUAACUUUCGAAAAUAGUGCCGAUGCGGACAGGGCGAGGGAGAAAUUACACGGCACCGUGGUAGAGGGCCGUAAAAUCGAGGUAAAUAAUGCCACGGCACGUGUAAUGACAAAUAAAAAGACUGUCAACCCUUACACAAAUGGCUGGAAAUUGAAUCCAGUUGUGGGUGCAGUCUACAGUCCUGAAUUCUAUGCAGGCACGGUCCUGUUGUGCCAGGCAAACCAGGAGGGAUCCUCCAUGUACAGUGCCCCCAGUUCACUUGUAUAUACUUCCGCAAUGCCCGGCUUCCCGUAUCCAGCCGCCACCGCUGCGGCCGCCUACCGAGGGGCGCACCUGCGAGGCCGCGGCCGCACCGUGUACAACACCUUCAGGGCCGCGGCGCCCCCGCCCCCGAUCCCGGCCUACGGCGGUGUUGUUUACCAGGAUGGAUUUUAUGGUGCAGACAUUUAUGGUGGAUAUGCUGCAUAUCGCUACGCCCAGCCGACCCCUGCCACUGCUGCCGCCUACAGUGACAGUUACGGACGAGUUUAUGCUGCCGACCCCUACCACCACGCACUUGCUCCAGCCCCCACCUACGGCGUUGGUGCCAUGAAUGCUUUUGCACCUUUGACUGAUGCCAAGACUAGGAGCCAUGCUGAUGAUGUGGGUCUCGUUCUUUCUUCAUUGCAGGCUAGUAUAUACCGAGGGGGAUACAACCGUUUUGCUCCAUACUAAAUGACAAAACCAUAAAAACCUUCCAAUGUGGGGAGAAAGGAAGCUUUCCGAGGCCUGAGUAUUGCAAUACAUGCAGUAGUGCAUCAUUUUAGCGACUCUAAAAAAAAAAAAAAAAAUUAAAAAUAAAAAGAGGAAAAAAUUACAUUUUUUAUCUUAUACCUCAGAUAUUUUGUUCUGUGUAUUUUAAUAUUGUGGGUCUUUAAUUUCUGAAGGUUCCAUAGUUUGGUUGCUGGCUGUAGGAGUUUUUGUGGUUGAUCUAGAGAGAUGCUAGAUAUGAAAAGAAAAAAAAACUGGUUUAGGGCCAUAUCCAGAGUGCUAUAUUAUGUAAAUGAAUUAUAUAUGCUGAAAAUUAAGGUACUGGGGGUAUCAGCUGUUUGGGAAGAGUGUAAGUGACUAUAGUAGUCAUUUUUUUUUUUCCUGCAUCUGCAUUAUUUUAUUUUGCGAAAGGGGAGGUUGGGAGGGGCUUAGGGGAUUGGAAUUGGGGUUUGGCUGAAAGAAAAAAAAAAUGUAGUAACUGAUGAAUCUGAACGACCCACUGCACCAACAAUCAUGUAUCAACGGUUCUAAGUUACUCAUUGCCAGUUCAAGCCAAAGGUUAUGUUGUUAAGGGGGUGCUUCUAGUAGCACUUGUGCAACCGAGUCUAAUGAAGCUGUGCAAACCCACCCUUUAAACCAUUCCACCCGGCAGUAUUCAGCUUCUUAACCAGCCGCUAGUUAUUUAGGCAAAAAAAAACCCUGCUAGUUAGGCCAUCGACAAGCAUUCUUUUUAUAUUUCUUCCAGUAUAAUAAAUUAUUGAUAUCAUUGCUGACUUUUAUAUUAUGGGAGGGAAAAAAAAUAACAUUAAUAAAAAGGUGAUAAAAAGCACUGUUUCUAUUUUUUUCUUUUUUUCCAAAAAAAGAAAGUAAUAAAAACUUAAAUUCUUUGUACCAGUUAAAAAAAAAAUGUAUAAAAUUUACAUCUGUGCAGUGGAGUUGUUAAGUUCUAGAAACAGUCUAUGAAGCUUUAGUUUUAGCCUAAGUAGAACAACUGUUAGAGACAGACGUAUAAUUUUUAUGGAAUUACAAUGAUAAUCAUAUUCGGAUUUAUAGAAGCAUUUUACAAGUAUUGCAAUCAUUGAGUAGAGAUAAUCAUGGUAUUUUCAUCAGCUUGGUACUUUUUCAAACAUGACUGCGUUGUGUGAGCAAUCUGCAAUUUUUCGGUCUGUGAGAGCCUGCCCUUCCACCUGCCCCCAUUGCCCAAGGACUAUCUCAAACCAGUUGUCUAUAGUUCUGUCUGCAAGGCCCAGGACAUUUGUCAGAAGGAAGCAAAAAAAAAAAAAAAGUACAUCCACCUUCUUCAUCUCCGAAGAACAAAGUCCCGCCCCACCUUUCUCGGCUGCGGGGCCAGAGCGACACACCCGAAAAAUUGCAGUUUGUCUGUAUUACUCUGUUUGGACUCUUUCCACGUUGUCCUGUUUACAAGUUAACCUGAGUUGGGGUAUCUGUCACGGGUCUUCCUGUUUUUGUAUUUAAAUAAAAAACACAGCAGCAAGCUGUCCCCGAGUAGUUUUGCUGCCAUAGUUAAAUCCUCAUGUGUACAGUGCAGGCCCUACGGCUUGCACUUUAGUUAUCAACUCACCGCUGUGAACCUGCCAAUCCGCUGUAACAACUCUGCUUUAAAACAAAACCAAACAAAACUGAAAAAAAAAAAAAGUGUUUGUGAUCCAGCUUUCUCUUGUCAUCCUAUGUGCAUGCCGUAAGAUCAGUUGGAUAUUAAACCAUCAAUAAAGUUUCACGAGAUUUGAAAACAAAGUUUCUGUAGCUUCGAUAUCUAAGACAGAUUAUCGUUCUCUUAAAAAGAGAAAAAAAAAACCAAAAGGGGGGGAAACUGCUUAGAAGCCAGAAGCAUAUAAAAUGUUCUUUUCACCAAACUAAUUUGGGUGGGGGAGGGGAGGGGCAAGGGGGUGUUUUAUGGCAUCACCAAGACAGACAUUCUCAUUCCCCCUCCUGGAAAACGAGGUUAUGACAGUGGGUGCCUGGUUGAUGUUCUUAAAGGAAAUACAUCAUUAAGAUGCCGUGGCAUCCCACUCCGGAGGGGAGAAAGAGAGUGGGAACAGGCGGCUAAGGGAGAAUACAUAGAUUUCUCUCAAUUGCCUCAGAUUUCAAAAUCCAGAAUUUACAUUGUGUUUGGAAUCACAAACAUAGACUUCUUACUGUGUUGGUUAAAGUAAAAUUCAUUUGCAGUUUUGAUUUUCAUCAAUGAGCUGUACUUUCCCCCAUGACUGUGUGUAGUUUUAAUAAAAUCAUUUAGAGCAAGUGGGUGCCAACUGAUGUUACAGAAUCUUUUGUCUAGGCACUCCUCCAAGAUGCCAAUAAGUCAUUUUAAAAUGUAUGUCAGAAAUGUAAACAAACAUUUUGGAUUUUUUUAAACAGUAAUUAUUUGGAAUGUUUUCAUUUAUCUAAAUAACUAUUGCUAUUAUGAAUUAUGGAAAAAAGAUUAAUAUCAUGUGUGGCAUAUAGUGACUUCUUAACACACACAUCACGCAAUCUGCAAACCCAGAAAAAUGUGUAUAUCUGUCUUUAGAAAUUAGUGUUUAUAUCACUUACAGUGGUUUGUGAAUAAAGAAAACUGGUUUGUAAUAUCAAAAAAAUAAAAGCUUAGUCUGAAAAGG